GAAAGAUGUAGGAAGAACUAGAGGAAAGGUUGAGGGCUGGUGGUUGUAUAGGUAGUGGAGUGUUGUGGUUGAAAGUAUGAGAAGGAGAUAGGCGAUAAGAUACCGACUAGCUGCAGGGGUCUGGCGCAGAACAGAAAAAAGUCUGGAGCAGCAAAAAGACAAGCGCAAGAGGAAUCCGAUAGACACAAGCAACCAUGACAGUCGGCUCAACAAACAACCUCUAACAAAUCACUACACUACUGUUCGCCUCUGCAAUAUGCCUUCAUCCGUCGUUCAGAGCACCUCUGAUGGUCCCUUGGUGAAGAGGCAGAAGCUCAAUGAGCUGGAUGCGCGCAGGAAUACCCCCCAUCGAGAAUCGAGGAUAUUUACCCCAUUUCGGGUAAGUAGCAGACCUCUCUCCCAAAGAAUCCAGAGAGUUAAUGCUCGCAGACCAUUGGUUUAGUAUCCUCGACACCUGUACCGUUUACCUCGAUUCCAUUGGGAAAAACCAGCUUCCAGAUUACCACUUCAGUGGGACGGUGUCUGCAAACUUAUGAUCUCAAGCGCGGCCUGAAUUUGGUCUUCUUGACGCGACCGCAAACACCAGAAGAUAUCACAGCGACAAUCGCAUACAAGGAUAGGGUAUUUGCGGCAUGGGGAGGUUCCGAUCCAGAGUCCACGCGCGGGGUCUCUGUAUUCCAACGAGGGAAAGAAAUCGACAGGUUGGCUUUACCUACGGAUCUAUCACAGCCAAUCAAGCAAUUGCUUGUUUUUGGUUCGUGGAUUGUAGGAUGCUGUACCACCCGGAUUGAGGUUUGGAAAUCGACUACGUACGAACAUUACACCACUUUAUAUCCGGCUGCGGCGCAAAAAGGGAAGAAUGAACUCACUGGUGGCCUUACUAAUAUGCCCACCUAUUUGAACAAGAUUUUUGCGGCAAGAAAAGAUGGGAGCGUGGAAGUUUGGAAUGUGAGCUCGGGAAAACUCAUAUACACAAUCUUGCCUCCUGCAGCAAACUGCGGUGCCGUCACCGCUUUACAGCCUUCGCCCGCGAUUUCAUUGUUGGCAAUAGCUUAUUCUGAAGGUCCUCUGACUGUCCAUGAUGUACGAACCGACAAAGCGAUAAUCCAAUUGAAUGGUAGUCAAUCUGGAGCUGCAGUUACCUCUAUAUCUUUCCGAUCCGACGACCUUGGUGCUGGGGAAGAUGGACGGAAACCAGGAGUCAUGGCAACGGCGGGCUUGGAAAAUGGAGACGUAACAUUUUGGGAUCUGAACAAUGGCGGGCGAGUGAUGGGGGUUCUCCGAGGCGCUCAUAAUCCCCGAUCAAAUUCUGGAUCGACCGUAGGUGGAGGUAUAAGUAAAGUGGAGUUCCUGGCAGGGCAGCCUGUAAUUGUCACAAGUGGACUCGACAAUUCCUUGAAAACUUGGGUAUUCGAUGAAACGCCAUUUUCUGCAAUACCUCUGAUUUUGCAUUCUAGAAGUGGUCAUGCGGCUCCAGUCACCAAAUUAUUAUUCUUGCCAACAGAUUCCGAUGGGGCAGAUGCUGGAGGAAAAUGGUUGCUCAGCGCCGGGCAAGACCGAAGUUUAUGGGGUUGGAGUUUGCGAAAAGAUGGGCAAAGCACAGAGCUCAGUCAAGGAAAUAUCAGAAAAAAGGCCAAAAAGAUGGGUGUAUUGGCUGGUGUUUCACUUGCCAAUGAGCCCAGUACGACCUUGGACGACUUGAAAGCACCUGAAAUAACCUGUCUGGCCAUGUCUUUGAAUCGCGAUGGUGGAAUAGGAGCCAAUCCAGGAAACGGUGCAUUGUGGCAAAGGGGUAAUCAAAGAGACAAGAAACCGACCGAUGCUACUUUGAGUGGAGUUACUGGGUGGGAAAGUAUUGUCACAGGUCACCGAAAAGAUAAACUCGCUCGAACAUGGUUUUGGGGUCGAAAAAAGGCUGGAAGAUGGGCUUUUGAGACUGGAGAUGGCGGGUAUGUUAGUAGUGUAGGAAUCAGUCCUUGUGGGACCUUUGCUGUUGUUGGGUCAGAAACUGGUGGAAUUGAUACCUUCAAUUUGCAAUCUGGCCAGCAUCGACAUAGAUUUCCCGCAAAACUUACCCCUGCCCAGGCAAGAAAAGUCAAACUCGAACAACUACAAGCUGCGGAAUCACUUACUUUGCAUUCAAAACCGAAGAAAUUCAGCAUGGGGCUAGGAAAGCACACGAAAUCAGUCACUGGGUUGGUGGUGGACUCCCUGAACAAGCACCUUAUAAGUUGUUCUCUGGAUGGGAAGAUUAAGUUCUGGGACUUUGCACAUGGCCAUUUGGUUGAUGAAAUUGACUGGCAUCCAAUGGCGGCCAUCACAGGAAUUCGUUAUCACGCUCCCAACGAUCUGAUAGCCGUCACAAGUGAUGAUUUGUCAAUCAGAGUUGUGGAUGUGGAAACGAAAAAGACGAUUCGAGAGUUAUGGGGGUGUACGGGUGCUAUUAAUGACUUUUUGUUUUCGAGCGACGGACGAUGGAUAAUAGCCGCUUCAAGUGACUGCAUUGUACGAGUCUGGGAUCUGCCCGCUGGACAUUUGGUGGAUGCGAUAAGAAUGAAGACGCAAUGUACCGCACUUGCAUUUUCUGCGACCGGAGAAUUUCUUGCGACUACCUGUGAGGGAGAAAUUGGUGUAAACAUUUGGAACAACAAGACUUUGUUUACUCAUGCACCAACGCGACAUAUUUCCGAAAACGAGAUUGCGGAUAUCGCAGGACCAACAGUUUCAGGUGAGGGUGGUCACGGUCUCAUCGAGGGAGCAUUCGUGGAAGAAGAAGAGAAUACUGAAGAUUCGGCGCCUCCUCUGUCUAUAGAGCAGUUGAGUAUCGACAUGAUGACUUUGAGUAUGGUCUCAAAAAGUAGAUGGCAAACCCUGCUCCAUCUGGAUCUUAUCAAGCAGCGCAACAAACCAAAGAAAGCCCCCAAAGUGCCGGAAAAAGCACCUUUCUUCUUGCCGUCAUUAGAAAAGCCAAUGCCUGUUAUUGCUGGCGUUGAAGAGAAGAAAGCGGAUGAUACCACCGUUGAACGAUCACGAAUUAUGAAGAUGGACCGAGUAGCAUCCGACGGCGCAUUUACCAUCGCUCUACGAUCAGGUGGUGACAGUGGUGAUUGUAAGUCAUUAAUCACCCCAUACUAUCAUUAAUCUCAAACUAAUUAAAUGUUUUAGAUACUCCAUUCAUCGACCAUCUCAAGACCCUCUCACCCUCCGCCGCAGACCUCGAGAUCCGCUCUCUAAACCCAGGUUUGGAAUCAGAAUCCGACGAGCUUGUAAACUUCGUCCAAGCCCUGACCAGUAGACUGAAACAGAAGCGGGAUUAUGAGUUGGUGCAGGCAUGGAUGACAGUAUUUUUGAGACUGCAUAUGGAGUCUGUGGCGAUGGAUGAGCGACUUGUAGGAGCCUUGAGGGAGUGGAGGGAGUGUCAGCAAGUUGAGGGCACGAGGUUGGGGGAUCUUGUCGGAUUUUGCGGUGGUGUUGUGGGAUUUUUGAGGAGUCCUAGGACGUAGUUUAUUUUUGGAUGUUGAUAUGUUGUGAAAAUGAAAAUAAAACUAUAAUGAAAGCUACGCGUUGAGAGGUG